AUGGAAUCGGUGGAUAACACAAUACUGGACACAACAAUGAGGAGUAUUCAUAAUACAUCCUCGUUAGAUGGCAGCACAUGUACAAAUUUAAUGGAACAAAUCGAAAAUUUAAACUUAAAAUUAACAUCUGCUAAUCAAGAAAUAGGAAAUCUAAAAAUGGAAAAUAUUACAUUAAAGACGAAAGUAGAAGAAUGCUAUAGAUUAUUGAAAAAGCCAUUGCCGGAACACUCUCAGGACAAUAAUCAGAUAAGCAGAGAAAUAGAACGGCAAAAGAAAACUACUGCUCCCGCGACGCCAUCUAUGACUUCGGAUAGGAAUCAUGACGAUGACCGGUGUGUGGAAACAACAUGCAGCCUACAACCUAAAGCAAGUGCUGUCAACGGAUCUUCCUUCAGUAACAAAAAGCAUAACCAAGUAAUAUUCGUCAAAGGAUUAUUAACUCUUGGUACUUUAGAUAACACAUAA